AAGUCUGAAUCAUUUCUCACUGAAGACGUGAAUCUGUAGUUUAUUACAUAAACUAAUAUAAUUUAAUUUGAACUAUUUCUACUUUCCUGUCUCAGAUCCAUCCCGAUGAGUUAUGACCGCCCUCCUCCGUACUUUCCCUCCCACCCCGAAGGCCCCUCGGCCCCCGGCUUCGCUGCAGUGCUCAGCUCUCAGCCUGCAGCCUUCCCCGGACUUCCAUACCAGACCAUCGCUCAGACCUGCACAGCUGGGGGAGACCAGUCCUACUACCAGGGGCCGCCCUGCUGGACUCAGCCCGGGUACCAGGUGUACCACAGUGGACCCCCCCACCAGGGAGAGCACCCAAAACAAACAGGUAGCUCAAAGAAUUGGCUAACGGUCAAAUGUAACCUCUGGGGGCCGCGGCCGGUGUGUCGGGGGUUCUGGGGCAGCCCGCGGUGUCGGGGCCAUGACUUCCUUCGCAUUAAAACCUUCAGACGUGACCUUCCUCACAUUGAAACAACUCUAAUGAAGGAUUCACAUCCAGCUUUCUUCUUCUGCAGCUGUAACGUUUCUGACCAACCAGCUGCUGUCAGGAGUUCAUACUCUGUCCCGUAAAGUUAGAGGUACGUUAGGAUGUAAACACGACUACGUGAGACGUGAGGAUGAGUCGAGACGGCGUCUCCUCUUCAUGAACCCAUGUUUGCAUAUGAAGGCAGAUAAACAGUCUCUCCACACCUGCGUUCAGCCUGCUCUCAUGUGCAGGUGAGUUAGUCAUAGGCUUCGGGUUAGAACGUCUUCAUCUUGGUCUUCAGCCGUGUUUACUGAGGUAAUAAAUCAAGAGAGAAGUCAACUCAUUUCCUCGUAGACUUCUAUACAAUCUGAUGUCUUUUUACAGCCAGAGGAGCGCCCCCUGCUGGAUAUUAGAGAGAAUGCAGGUUUCGGGACCUUCAGCACCGGCUGCUUGGUCCUAACCUAACUCUGUCUCCCUCUCGCUCUCAGUGUUCGUGGUCGAGCAGACUCGUGACGGCGGCGCUAAAGAAUCUGUUGUGGCGGCGUGUUCUGCGGCUCUGUGCUGCUGCUGCCUCUGGAACAUCUUGACCUCUCACCACUGAGUCCCUUAUUUCCCAUCAUGCAGCGGGGCCACCAUAAUGACAAAUAAAAUCAAUUAAUAUGUUUUAAUUUAGAAUAUAAACCUUUUAUGUUAAUUUUAAGUUGAUUAAUUUGUUAUAUUUCUUUAUCCUGCACAUAAAUUAUAUUGAUAUUAAAUUAUU